ACUUACUUUGCCAAAUUGCCCCGUGUGGGGCAAGCUGGCAAAGUGCACGGGGCAAAUCGGCAAACGUCUUGGAGGUAGCCCGUUUUUGAGGAUUUUGAAAAGAUUUUUACAUGGAUCAAUAGAGGAAAGUCUAACUCAUAUGUCUGCAGAAGCUUGCAGAAAAAUUUCAGAAAUUAAGAGAAUUACGAUUAAAAUACUGCAAGGUGGUAGAAUUUCGUGCCAAUUUACCCCACUCCACUCUACUAUGAAAGAUGAAACAUAGCUUUUUAGCGGCUAAAUUAAGCAAAGAAACGGAAAAAAUAUGUCUUGGCUGGAAAUCAAACCCAGGACAUCGAUUAAGAACAGUAAUGCUCUAACCGCUGAGCUACCGAGAAACAAUCUUCAACGUACUUUUUCUGAGUGAAUGAUCUUAUUUACCGAAAUUUGUACCGUAGCGAUACCUCAUCCGAGGCAAAUUCCACUACAUAUAUCUACCGAAGAUUUAUUGUGCCAUUUGUUCGAAAAAAUUUUGAAUUAUCACAAUUGUUUUAUAUUCUUUCUAUUAAUUUAGAGAUGGUCAGCACAACAACAAAUAAGAAAACCAACGAUUAGCGCACUAACAAAAACUUCUCAGAGAUUGGAUGAAAAUACAAUAGAAAUGGAAGAUUUAGGAAACGAUGAACAAGAUUACGAUAUAACUGAAGAAGUAAAACAACAAAAUGAGUUGAAAGUAAAUGCCAAAGAAAUUGUAGAAUUCAUGACAGCAGCUUGGAGUAUGAAAAUACCAGAACUAAUUAUAUCUAUUACUGGCUCUAAUGAGCAACUACGAGGUGUUCCACUUCGAAUACGAAAUAUUUUUAAAAAAGAUUUAAUUUCUGUAGCUCAAAUGACAAAUUAUGAAAAUCUUGAAAACGUUGGCCAACAAAGCGCAAAAAAACAAAAAGUUUAUGGACUGGUAAAAACAAGAAAUGGUGAACAACAAAAAGAAACAGAUCUCAAUUCCUAUCAUACACAUUUUUUAAUGAUGGAUGAUGGUCGAGUUACUACGAAUGAUUGGAAAUUAGCUGAAGAAAAUGUAAAAUGUCGAGCUGAACUAGUUUUUCCUAUAAGAACAGAAAUAGAGCAACAGUGUCGAAAUAUGCUCAAAAUACCCAAUAUCGAACGAUGUAUUAACCGUGUAGUCACACGAAUAUCAGAUUUGACUAGGAGAAUGGACUGCAUUUCACAAAAACAAAAUGUAGAUAUAAUUGCUCAAAUUCAUAAAGAUUUAUCCAUGAUAACCGAUAUCAUUGAUACAGAAACAGAAGCAAAAAACAGAAAAAUUCGAAGUUUGCAUGGAGUUAAACGGCAAACAGCUGUUUUACUAUAUAGAAUACAAAAUUUGAAAGAUGCACUUACUGAUGUAAUGCAGAAUGAUCAAGAUCAAAGAAAAGAGUUUGCAAAAAACCUCUUGGGUACAGGAGGAGCUAGUGAUAUGCUUGCUACAUUAUACGAAGUUCUCUAUGGAAAAGAAAUACUCAGAUCCGAUUAUAUUUAUCAUCAACAAAUUCGAAAUAAAAACAAGGAAUAG